AUGGGCUUCGCGUCUGCGGAGCUGGCAGGGGCCGGCCACCUCCCGGCUGUCUCUGCCAGGCAGUGCGGACUCCGGACUUCGACGUCGGUUUCCUGGCCUCGGUGUGUGGUGCUCACUGUCGCCCAUGGGCUUGCCAAGCGGACGGCUAUCGAUGGUCAUUGCUCCGGGUUUGGCACCAAUGCCGCUUUCGGCGAGGUGUUCACGCAACGAUACAUGUGCCCACCGCUUAGUUCCGCUUCUGCUGAGCUGAGUGUGGCCGUUUCCUCUCGGGGCCCAGCCAGGUGUGCCUUGCGUGGACGUUAA